CUACUCUCACCUUCCUCUGAACAUUUCUAGGUGGAGAAAUUACUCCUACCCCAAACAACUCCAUUUCUCCCUUUCCAGGUAGCCUCUGAUGUGAAGAGCUUAUAUUUGGGGCAAAGGAAGGAAAAUCAACUCAGCUGCAAUAAAAAGAAAGAGGAAAGACAAGUCGAGGAGGGAUUGGGAAGCUGACAUUGGAUGUCAGAUGGCAGGAAAGAAGUGGAAAAAUUUCACUACUUUGGAGCUUAUGCUCAGUGUACUUCUGCUUGUGGUGUUUAUCAUCACUAUUCCUGUAUUUGUGCUUUCGGCUAGAGAUUGCUUGGAAUCAAAAGAUCCUGGGACGACAGUUACCCCAGGUCCUGGGGCGACAGCUACCCCAGGUCAUGGGAGGACAGUUACUGCAGACCCUGGGACAAGCACCACCCCUGCUUCUUCUGAGUGCCCAGUGGUAGAUGAAUCAGAACGGAUAAACUGCAUCCCUGACCAGCCACCAACAAAGGCCACAUGUGACCAGCGUGGCUGCUGUUGGAAACCUCAGGGAACCAUAAGUGUGCCCUGGUGCUACUAUACUCAGAGUCAUGGUUAUCAAAUGGAGGGCAACUUUGUAAACACAAAUGCAGGAUUCACAGCGCAGUUGAAAAGGUUGCCUUCUCUAUCCCUGUUUGGAAAUGAUGUCGACAACGUCCUCCUCACAGCGGAAUACCAGACAUCUAAUCGUUUCCACUUUAAGUUAACUGACCAAAACCAGGACCGAUACGAAGUGCCCCAUGAACACGUGCAACCCUUCAAAGGGAAUGCUGCUUCUCCCUUGACCUACGAAGUUGAGGUCUCCAGACAGCCAUUCAGCAUCAAAGUGAUCAGAAGAAGCAAUGAUCGUGUUCUGUUUGACUCAAGCAUCGGGCCCCUCUUAUUUGCUGAUCAGUUCCUGCAGCUCUCCAUCCGACUGCCGAGCGCUAACGUAUAUGGUCUGGGAGAACAUGUGCACCAGCAGUACCGGCAUGAUAUGAACUGGAAGACGUGGCCCAUAUUUGCCAGGGACACAACCCCCAAUGGAGAUGGAACUAACUUGUAUGGUUCACAGACAUUCUUCCUGUGUCUUGAAGAUGCUAGUGGAUUGUCCUUUGGAGUGUUUCUGAUGAACAGCAAUGCCAUGGAGGUUGCCCUCCAGCCUGCCCCAGCAGUCACUUACCGCACCAUUGGGGGCAUUCUCGACUUCUAUGUGUUCUUGGGAAACACUCCAGAACAAGUUGUUCAAGAGUAUCUGGAGCUCAUCGGACGGCCAGCCCUACCCUCAUACUGGGCACUUGGAUUUCAUCUCAGUCGUUAUGAUUAUGAGACCCUGGACAACAUGAAAGAAGUUGUGGAGAGAAACCGUGCAGCACAGCUGCCUUACGAUGUUCAGCAUGCUGAUAUUGAUUAUAUGGAUGAGAGGAAGGAUUUCACUUAUAAUCCAGUAGCUUAUAGAGGCUUCCCUGAGUUUGCUGAAGAGUUACACAAUAAUGGACAGAAACUCAUCGUCAUGGUGGAUCCAGCCAUCUCCAACAACUCUUCACCAAGUCAUCCCUACAGCCCCUAUGACAGGGGUUCGGAUAUGAAGAUAUGGGUGAAUGCUUCUGACGGAGUGACUCCACUCAUUGGGGAGGUCUGGCCUGGAACGACUGUGUUUCCUGAUUACACAAGCCCCCAGUGUGCUGUUUGGUGGGUAAAGGAGUUUGAGCUUUUCCACAACCAAGUGGAGUUUGAUGGAAUCUGGAUUGAUAUGAAUGAAGUCGCCAACUUCGUUGAUGGUUCCGUUUCAGGAUGUUCCACAAGCAAUCUGAAUUAUCCCCCUUUCACUCCCAGGGUCCUGGAUGGGUACCUGUUCCGCAAGAGUCUCUGCAUGGAUGCAGUGCAGCACUGGGGCAAGCAGUAUGAUGUCCACAAUCUGUAUGGCUACUCAAUGGCAAUUGCCACUGCAGAAGCGGUCAAUACCGUGUUCCCUAAUAAGAGAAGCUUCAUUGUAACCCGUUCUACCUUUGCGGGAUCUGGCAAGUUUGCAGCUCAUUGGUUAGGAGACAACACAGCCACCUGGAACGACCUUCGAUGGUCCAUCCCUGGCAUCCUUGAGUUCAACCUUUUUGGUAUCCCAAUGGUGGGUCCUGACAUAUGUGGCUUUUUCUCGGAUACCUCUGAAGAGCUCUGCAGGCGGUGGAUGCAGCUGGGAGCAUUUUAUCCAUUUUCCAGGAAUCACAAUGGCCAAGGCUACAAGGCCCAGGAUCCUGCCUCCUUUGGAGCUGACUCUCUGCUGUUGAAUUCCUCCCGGCACUACCUUACCAUCCGCUAUACUCUAUUGCCCUACCUCUACACCCUCUUCUACCGAGCUCACAGCCAGGGGGACACAGUGGCCAGGCCCCUCCUGCAUGAGUUCUAUGAGGACAGCAGCACUUGGGAUGUGCACCAACAGUUUUUAUGGGGGCCCGGCCUCCUCAUCACUCCAGUUCUGGAGGAGGGUGCAGAGAAAGUGACGGCAUAUAUGCCUGAUGCUGUCUGGUAUGAUUACGAGACUGGGGGCCGAGUGAAAUGGAGGAAGCAAAAAGUGGAGAUGGAACUUCCUGGAGACAGAAUCGGACUUCACCUUCGAGGAGGCUACAUCUUCCCCACACAACAGCCAGCCACAACCACUGUGGCCAGCCGACAGAACCCUCUUGGUCUUAUCAUUGCUCUAGAUGAGAACAAAGAAGCAAAAGGCGAACUUUUUUGGGAUGAUGGGGAAACGAAAGACACUGUGGCCAAUCAAGUUUAUCUCUUAUGUGAGUUUUCUGUCACCCAAAACCGCUUGGAUGUGAAUAUUUUGCAGUCAACCUACAAAGACCCCAAUAAUUUAGUAUUUAAAGAGAUUAAAAUCCUUGGGACCCAGGAACCUAACAACAUUACAGUGAAACACAACGGUGUCUCAAGUCAAAUUUCUCCUAAUGUCACUUAUGAUUCUAACCUACAGGUUGCCCUUAUCACAGAUCUUGAUCUUGUCCUGGGAGAAGCAUACACUGUGGAGUGGAACCUGAAGAUAAAGGAUGAAGAAAAAAUAGACUGUUAUCCUGAUGAGAAUGGUGCUUCCGCAGAAAACUGUAAUGCCCGUGGCUGUGUUUGGGAGGCAUCCAAUUCUUCUGGAGUCCCUUUUUGCUAUUUCGUCGAUGAUCUAUACUCUGUCAGUGACAUUCAGUAUGACUCCCUUGGGGCCACAGCUGUCCUCUAUUUAAAGUCUUCUUAUGCUUAUGCUUUGCCCUCAAUACCGGUGAACUCCCUCCAUCUGAAUGUGACCUACCAUAAGGAUGACAUGCUGCAGUUUAAGAUUUAUGAUCCCAACAACAAUCGGUAUGAAGUCCCAGUCCCUCUCAACAUACCCGGGGUUCCAUCCAGCACCUCUGAGAAUCGACUCUAUGGUGUCCUCAUUAAGAAGAAUCCAUUUGGGAUUGAAAUUCGCCGGAAGAGUACAGGCACUGUAAUUUGGGACUCUCAGAUCCUUGGUUUCACCUUCAACGACAUGUUCAUCCGUAUCUCCACUCGCCUUCCCUCCCAAUACCUCUAUGGUUUUGGGGAAAAUGAGCACACAGCCUUUCAGAGAGACUUGAACUGGCACACGUGGGGAAUGUUUUCCCGAGACCAACCCCCAGGGUACAAGAAGAAUUCCUAUGGUGUGCACCCCUACUACAUGGGACUGGAGGAGGAUGGCAAUGCCCACGGGGUGCUCCUGCUAAACAGCAAUGCCAUGGAUGUGACAUUCCAGCCCAUGCCUGCCUUGACAUACCGCACCACAGGAGGAAUUCUAGACUUUUAUGUGCUCUUGGGGCCAACUCCAGAGAUUGUCACUCAGCAGUACACUGAGUUGAUUGGUCGACCAGUGAUGGUUCCUUACUGGUCCUUGGGGUUUCAGCUGUGUCGCUAUGGAUACGAGAAUGACACUGAGAUUGCCAGCUUGUAUGAUGACAUGGUGGCUGCCCAGAUCCCCUAUGACGUGCAGUACUCGGACAUCGACUACAUGGAGCGGCAGAUGGACUUCACCCUCAGCCCCAAGUUUGCUGGACUCCCAGCUCUGAUUACUCGCAUGCAUGAUGACGGGAUGCGGGUCAUCCUCAUUCUGGACCCAGCCAUUUCUGGCAAUGAGACACAGCCCUAUCCUGCAUUCACUCGGGGUGUGGAAGAUGAUGUCUUCAUCAAAGCUCCAGAUGGUGGAGGCAUUGUCUGGGGAAAGGUCUGGCCUGAUUUUCCUGAUGUUGUUGUAAAUGCAUCCCUUGACUGGGAUAGUCAAGUGGAGCUAUACCGAGCUUAUGUGGCCUUCCCAGACUUUUUCCGUAAUUCAACCGUCAGAUGGUGGAAGAGGGAGAUGGAAGAACUAUACACCAAUCCACGAGAUCCAGAGAAGAGCUUGAAGUUUGAUGGCAUGUGGAUUGAUAUGAAUGAACCGGCAAGCUUUGUGAAUGGGGCAGUUCCUUCAGGCUGCAGGAAUGCCACCCUGAACCACCCUCCCUAUAUGCCAUAUCUGGAGGCCAGGGACAGUGGUCUGAGCAGCAAGACCCUGUGCAUGGAGAGUGAGCAGAUCCUGCCAGACGGCUCCGUGGUGAGGCACUACGAUGUGCACAGCCUGUACGGGUGGUCCCAGACCAGACCCACGUAUGAAGCUGUGCAGGAGGUGACAGGACAGCGAGGGAUCGUCAUCACCCGCUCUACUUUCCCCUCUUCUGGCCGCUGGGGAGGACACUGGCUGGGAGACAACACGGCUGCAUGGGACCAGAUGAAGAAGUCUAUCAUUGGCAUGAUGGAGUUUAGCCUCUUUGGCAUAUCCUAUACAGGAGCAGAUAUCUGUGGGUUCUUUGAAGAUGCUGAAUAUGAGAUGUGUGUUCGCUGGAUGCAACUGGGUGCCUUUUACCCCUUCGCGAGGAACCACAACACUGUUGGGACCAGGAGGCAAGACCCUGUGUCCUGGGAUGACACCUUUGUGAAUAUCUCCAAAAAUGUCCUGCAGACCAGAUACACUCUGUUGCCAUAUCUCUACACCUUGAUGCACUUGGCCCACACGGAGGGCAGCACUGUUGUGCGACCUCUUCUGCAUGAGUUUGUGUCAGACCAGGAGACCUGGGAUAUAGACGGUCAGUUCCUGCUGGGCCCAGCCUUCCUUAUCAGCCCUGUCUUGGAGCCUAAUGCCAGAAAUGUCACUGCAUAUUUCCCUAGAGCCCGCUGGUAUGAUUACUACACGGGUGAGGACAUUAAAGCAAGCGGAGAGUGGAAGUCCUUGCCAGCCCCUCUUGACCACAUUAAUCUUCAUGUCCGUGGGGGCUACAUCCUGCCCUGGCAAGAGCCUGCACAGAACACCUACUUAAGUCGGAAGAAUUCCCUGGGACUCAUUAUUGCCUUGGACUAUAAGAGAGAAGCAACGGGGGAACUGUACUGGGAUGAUGGGGUAUCUAAAGAUGCUGUAACUAAAAAGAAUUAUAUUCUCUAUGACUUUUCUGUCACCUCUAACCGUCUACAGGCAAAAAUUACAAAUAAUAAUUAUACGGACCCUGACAACCUCAUGUUUACAGAUAUCACAAUCUUGGGAAUGGACAAGGAACCUACUAAUUUUACUGUCUUAUUUAAUAAUGCUGCCACCUCCAUUUCAAACGUUGUCUACAGUGCUUCAACAAAGGUGGUGAACAUCACUGAUCUCGAGGGACUGGUACUAGGACAAGAAUUCUCCAUCGAGUGGAAUCUUCCAGUCAGUGACCUGGAGAAGUUCAACUGCUACCCUGAGGAUCCCACUGCCUCCGAGGAGAGCUGCAGUCAGCGGGGGUGCCUUUGGGAGCACACAACUGUUCCUGGCGUGCCCACCUGUUACUAUGACACUAUCCCUAAUUAUGCUGCUAGCAAUAUUCAGUACCUGCCCACGGGCAUCACCACAGACCUUGCCCUCCUGACAGCCCCUGAGUCAGCACGAGCAGCGGCACCACCACCACCAUCAUCACGGGGUGUGCCAUCCCAACCCGCAGCAGCAGCAGCUGCCGCCUCUGAAUCUCUCUCUGCAAAGAUCAGCUUCCUCCAACUGAGUGUCAUCUACCACACAGAAAACAUGCUGCAGUUCAAGAUCUAUGAUCCCACUAAUAAAAGGUAUGAGGUCCCAGUGCCUCUGAACACCCCUCCCUCUCCAGUUGGCUCCCCUGAAAACUGCCUGUACGAUGUCAGGAUUCAGAGCAAUCCUUUCGGGAUCCAGAUUAGACGAAAAAGCUCCAACACUGUGAUCUGGGAUUCUCAGCUCCCUGGCUUCACCUUCAACGACAUGUUCCUUUCCAUUUCUACCCGCCUCCCCUCUGAGUACAUCUACGGCUUUGGGGAAACUGAGCACACAGCUUUCAAAAGAAACAUGAGCUGGCACACGUGGGGAAUGUUUGCUCGAGAUGAGCCACCAGCGUACAAGAAGAAUUCCUAUGGCAUCCACCCCUACUAUAUGGCACUGGAGGAGGACGGCAGUGCCCAUGGAGUGCUCCUGCUAAACAGCAAUGCCAUGGAUGUGACAUUCCAGCCUACUCCUGCCCUGACAUAUCGCACCACAGGAGGGAUUUUGGACUUUUAUAUGGUUUUGGGACCAACCCCCGAGCUUGUAACUCAGCAAUACACUGAGUUGAUCGGUCGGCCAGCAAUGACUCCCUACUGGGCCUUGGGAUUCCAGCUGAGUCGCUAUGGAUACCAGAAUGAUACUGAAAUCUCCGACUUGUAUGAUGCAAUGAUGGCAGCCCAGAUUCCCUAUGAUGUCCAGCAUGUAGACAUCGAUUACAUGGACCGGAAGCUGGACUUCACCCUCAGCCCUAGCUUUCAAAACCUUGGUCUCCUGAUUGAGCAGAUGAAGAGUGAUGGCAUGAGAUUUAUUCUCAUUCUGGACCCAGCCAUUUCUGGCAAUGAGACCCAGUAUCUCACAUUCACCAGAGGGCUGGAAAACAACGUAUUCAUCAAAUGGCCUGACACCAGUGAUAUUGUCUGGGGAAAGGUUUGGCCAGAUCUGCCCAAUGUGAUUGUGGAUGGAUCCCUUGACGAUGAAACUCAGGUUGAGCUGUACAGAGCCUACGUUGCUUUUCCUGACUUCUUGUGUAAUAACACAGCCAUAUGGUGGAAGAAGGAAAUAGAAGAGCUCUAUACAAACCCUCGAGAACCAGAGAAGAGCUUGAAGUUUGAUGGACUGUGGAUUGAUAUGAAUGAACCAUCAAACUUUGUGGAUGGAUCUGUCUGGGGCUGCAGAGAUGAAACUCUUAAUAAUCCACCGUAUAUGCCAUAUCUGGAGUCCAGGGACAGCGGUCUGAGCAACAAGACCCUGUGCAUGGAGAGUGAGCAGGUCCUGCCAGAUGGCUCUGUAGUGCGGCACUACGACGUGCACAGCCUGUACGGGUGGUCGCAGACCAGACCCACAUACGAAGCUGUGCAGGAGGUGACAGGACAGCGAGGGAUCAUCAUCACCCGCUCUACUUUCCCCUCUUCUGGCCGCUGGGGAGGACACUGGCUGGGAGACAACACGGCCGAGUGGGACCAGCUGAAGAAGUCUAUCAUUGGCAUGAUGGAGUUCAGUCUCUUUGGGAUAUCUUAUACAGGAGCAGAUAUUUGCGGGUUCUUUGGAGAUGCUGAAUAUGAGAUGUGUGUUCGCUGGAUGCAACUGGGGGCCUUUUAUCCAUUUUCCAGGAACCACAACACAUUUGGGACAAGGAGACAAGAUCCUGUGGCCUGGAAUUCAACCUUUGAGAUGAUCUCAAGAAAAGUCCUCCAGACCAGAUACACCCUGCUGCCUUACCUCUAUUCUCUGAUGCAUAAAGCUCAUGUUGAGGGCAGCACUGUUGUCCGACCCCUUCUCCAUGAGUUUACAGCUGACAACGAAACGUGGGAAAUAGACGGUCAGUUCAUGUUGGGCCCCGCCAUCUUAAUCAGCCCUGUGCUGGAAAGUAGCACUUUUGAGAUCCGUGCUUAUUUUCCCAGAGCCCGUUGGUACGACUAUAGCACGGAAUCUGGCAAUGCAUCGACAGGUGAAUGGAAAACCCUGCAGGCUCCCCUUGACCACAUCAACCUUCACAUCAGAGGAGGCUACAUCCUGCCUUGGCAAGAGCCUGCAAUGAACACUUAUUACAGUCGACAAAAUUUUAUGGGAUUGAUUGUUGCUUUGGAUGACAAUGGGAAAGCCGAAGGUGAGAUGUUCUGGGAUGAUGGACAAAGCAUUGAUACCUAUGAAAAUGGAAACUAUUUCUUGGCAAACUUUACAGCAGCUCAGAACAUAUUGCAAAUUCAGAUUAUACACAAUAUGUAUUUGAGUGACUUGAAUCCACUGAAAGUUGGAUAUAUUCGAAUCUGGGGGAUAAACUCUAUGUUUGUGACACAAGUCACUUUCACCUAUGACAACCAGCAGUUCGUGGAGACAAAUUUCCAGAGUGACCCUUACAAUCAGACACUAACUAUUCAAUUGACUGACAAGGAUAUCAGCUUGGAAAAGUUAACUGAAGUUACUUGGAUUUAUGGUGGUCCUAUCGUUUCUACUACACCCAUGACAAGUACCUUCCCAAUGAGUUCUCUACAUCCUUCUGCAUCUAUUACUAAGGCUACCACUUCUGAGGUUACUAUCACUAGUUCUGCUAGUACAAGUACUACUACUGCUAGGACUACUGCUACUCUUCCUAUCACAGCCACCCCUUUCCCAACAAGUGCUAUUGAAUUUACAAGUAGUACUACUGUUCCCAAUACCAGUAUGCCUUCCCCUACAAAUACUUCUACUGCUAAUACUGGUGCUACUCUUCCUAUCACAACCACUCCUAUUCCAACAAGUGCUACUGAAGUUACAACUAGUACUACUGUUUACAAUACCACUAUGCCUUCCCCUACAAAUACUUCUACUGCUAUCACUAGUGUUAGUCUUCCUAUCACAACCACUCCUUUCUCAACAAGUGCUAUUGAAGUGACAAAUGGUAUUACUAUUCCUAUUACCACUACUCUUCCCCUCAAAAAUACUGAUGCUACUAGCAUUAAUUACAAUUCCAAUCACAUUCCAAUUACAACAACUCCUUUUCCUGCAAAUACUAGUGCUGAUAUUACUAGCAAUAGUUUUCCUGUUAUGACUACUUUCUCUGAAAGUACUCAUGCUGUGAACACUACUGUUGCUAUGGUGACCACUUCUCCUACAGGUACUAAUGUUGCCAGCACUAGUAAUGAUGCUCCUAUUACAAACUCUCCUUCCCUUACAAUGUCUAGUGGUAAUAGUACUAGUAAUACUGUUUCUGUCGUGACCACUUCUUUCCAAACUCCUCCCACCACUCCUAUCCAUACUCUUACUUCUACUUCUAACUCUACUACUUCUAGUUUGAACACAUUUCCAACUAAUAGUACAUUUACUACUGAUACAGUCACUAAUUUUUCUACAGCUUCUAAUGCAAACACCACUCUCUUCAACACCACAGAUACACAAAGUACCGUAAUGAUAGAUGCCACAGUUGCUACUACCAGCACUACAGAUACAACAGUUACUUCCACAGACAAAUUCACUGCACAUACCAAACCUGCUACAACAGAUUUUAUAAGCACUUUCUCUCCAGAAGAAAUAACUGCUGCCUCCCUUAACACUAUUAAUACUGAAAUAUUAACUUCUACAAAUCUGGGCGAUAGGACCUCUCCCAUCAUAACAAAUUCAAUAAAUAGCCUCACUACAAACAGUACAAUAGCCAGUGCACUUAACUUCACAGAUACUACCUUUGCUGUGACAACUGCUACAGAAACCCUAGUGUCUACUCCCCAAGAUGUUAUUUCCUUUCCCCCUCCCACUGAAGAUGUUAAAACUGCCACCACAGACAUCACACAGCUCACUACUCCCCGUUCUCCUACUACUACAACACAGGCUUUAAGCCACACAAUGUUAAUUUCCACAAAUUUUUCUAACCCAGCUACCAUCAACACUACUACCACAAGUACUACAUCCAUAACUAUGGAUUCAGUUCCUACAGAUAUUUCAGAUAUUACCACUACAGGAAAUACAAACACAACUAUAGGCAUCACCACAGUUACUAUGAUUACAAAUGCUACUUCUGUAGAAACUACCACUCAAGUCAUUCCAUCUCUACCUCCUCUACGCACCUCUGGUACCACCACCACAGAAAAUGCAUCUUCAAUGGCACUUACCAGAAUCAUUACCACUACUUAUCCCCCAGAUAUCCCUACUCAUGCUUUAAAUACCACAUCCAUGGGCACUGGAAAUACCACUAUACCAAGCACCACCAAUCCAAACAUUACCAAUAUAACGGGUGUUACUAACAUUAUAAGCACUCCCACUAGAGAUAGCCCAACUACUGUUGAUGGUAGCAUCACAACUAUUCCUAUAGUGAAUAGUUUUUCUACUACUCCAGACUCCAUAAUUGCUAGUACUCAAGACUUUGCCACUUCCUCACAUAUAAACACUACAGAUAUUGAAUCUACUACAAGAGCAACUGGAAAUGCCAUUACAGCAUAUACUACCACCAUCAUUAGAAAUAUUUUCAGCACAAAAACUACAAACUCAAUGACUACUGCUGACACAGUCCUUACAAACACUUACAUUCCACGUACCACUCCUGUUUCUUCCACCAACACUAUAAACAGUACAAGGAAUGAGGUAAAUAUUACUGAUGCAGAUAACUUCAACAAAGUUUCAGGUAACGCUACAUAUGUUUCUAUUCCAAAUACCACAGCCUCUGACACAUCAAUGACUGCUCUUCUAGAUACAGCAUCUGACUAUCUGGUAACAACAAAUUCUGCAGCUAGUAAUUUACCUAUUGUUGUAACUAAUGCAACCACAGAUAUUACAAAUAUUACCAUAUAUGCUGUAAAUACUACCACUCCUGAUAGAACAACAAUAGAUGUUUCUGCUACUGCAUCUGCUUAUAUUGCAAAUGCCAUAAAUGCUACUCUAGUCCCAUGAUUAGUACUCAAGGCAGGAUAACUACUAUAAAUAUCUCUUUAAAACAGCUAUUACAGAUAUAGAAAAUCAAUGAACAGAUAAUGAUUUUAGCUAUGCAAGUUUUCACAAAUAUUAGCACCAGCUUUUAUAGAAAUGGCUACUCAAAGCACUGUAAACAUUACAGACAUGUCUAAAGAUGCAUCCAUUACUAACUUUAUAGGUGUGAUAAAAGAAGCUGUGGAAUAUAUUUUUUUUAUUUAUAAUUCUAAGCCCUGAAGCUCCAUCAAUUAAAGUGUAGAUAUUUUAUAUAUCCUUGCUACAGACUUCAAAGAUGAUUUUGUCAUCUCAAAUAAUACCACAUUAGGCUCUGUAAAUACUAUUGCUUUAGAUGUAGUUAUUAAAAUAACUCAACUUGUUCUUGAGUUACAGGACAUAAUAUUGUAACUGAGAGCGCUGGUGAUACCUGGCACUCAAAGGACCACUAUAGCAACAGUUAUUAAUAUCAUAGUAGACUAUUUAACUAGUAAUGCUAAAAAGCACACUUUAUUUUCCUAUAGACUUUUCCAAAUACUGUGGCUACCAAUAUAGUAAUUUGCUAUUACACAUACUGAAAGUAUUAUUGCUUCUAAAGAGAUCUAGCUCUAGCUAUAGAUAUGGAAAAUGCUACCGCUGUAGAUCUUGUAUAUACUUUGACUCCAGGAACUGAAAUAAUUAAAUUAGGAAUAUUUUAUGUUACUUUUACUAUUAUAGAAGAUAAAAAUAUGAUUAUAGAUGUUAAAAACAUAACUUCCCAAACUUUGCAACCAUUACUUCCAUAGGUACUGACACUCUUACUAUAGAUUUGAUAAGUACUUCUGUUUAUAGACAUUCAAAGUACUUCCAGGAAAUUACAAUUAAUCUUACUUAUGAGAUAAUCUUAGGCCCUGGCUGUUACCAAUAAUGCCUGGAUUCACUUACAAUGCUCUAAAUCUUCUAUAGACCAGAAAUCACCCAGGUGGAGAUGAGUGUGUAAAGAUAUGGCAUAGGAAAGACAGUCUUUACUCUGGGAUCAGAGUUCAUAAUUUUAUUUGCUUUUUCUUUUCUCUCCCAGAUCUUCCCUUAUUGUAUUACUGUCCACAUUCUCCUUUAGUGUGCUAGGACUCUCAGUAUGUUCUUGGUCUUUCAUAUUCAAAUUCAACAUUUAUCCUUGAUCUAUUACUUUCUUAGGUCACCCAGACCUCCAUGAAUAGACUCGUGGUCAUAACCAAAUAUAGCCAAUUGGGUGCUACUCAAGGAUUAACCCUAGGAUAGUAUUCUCAAAAUGUAGUUUGGGGACCCAUGGGAGGCCCCAAAACUCUCUCUGGGGUCCAUAAGGUCAAUUCUGUUUUCAUACUACUACUGUGUUGUUAUUUGCUUUUUUCACUCUCAUUAGUCUAGAGUGGCAUUUUCCAGAGAGUCUGUGCUGUGUGAUGUCACAAUAGAUGACUGUAGAGUCAGAUACAAGAAUCUAGCUAUCUUCUAUUAAGCCAGACAUUAAACAGACUUACAAAACAUAAAAUAAUGUCAUUCUUUUCACUAAUUUCUUUUUGCUCUGGAAAAUAGAAUUGUUUUUCCAUAAAAGUGUAUUAUUUAUGUUAACAUGUAGCUGAUAUAUUAUUUUUCAUGAGUUAAA